UCGUUUUUUCACUUUUUCUUUUCAUAAUGAACGUCUCACGCCCGGCACGAUGCGUGUUUUGCAGUUUCUCGCGCGCCGCGGCGCCCGGGGCUCGCGUGCCUCGCCGUCAGUUCCACCUGUCCCCUGUGCACUGGGCCGAGUCGAAGGCGCCCAAGGCGGGUGUCAGGGGCCCUGAGGGGAAGACGCUGAAGCAGAUUACUCAGAACAUGAAGGAGGGGGAUUUCAAGGCGUACACCAGCGAAGAGAAGGAGGCCCUGGCGAAGCACUACACGCCGGAGCAGCUUGCGGCCAUUGAGACGGGUGAGGCGGCCAUCAGCCCGCAGGAUCUGGCGGAGCAGUUUGCCAUUCGGAAGGACCAGAUGAAGCUGCGGUACCUGGACGACCUCUCGGUGAUUGAGCCUGGGGUGGACAAGCAUAUCCGGGCCCCCGAAUCCAACUCCGACCCCCACGCGCGCUUGAAGACUGAGGAGGAGUUGCUGGAGGACUUUUCUCGUUUCUUUGCCGAAAUGCCCCCCGAUGCCACAGCGGUGGAUUGGGUGCGGUUUGCCGAGAAUAUGAGGGUGACCGUGGGCAAGGAGGAGAGCGAGCUGAACCCGCACUCGGUGCUGAUCCCUAGUCUGUUCGCUCCGGGCGAGAGUCUGUCCCAGGACCCGCAGCCCGAGAAGGCGGCCACAAAGCUGGAAAACAAGCCGCAGGAGUCGGAGGAGGCGAUGGAGGCCCUGAAGCGGCUCCGCCUGGCGACCGGCUACUCGACCGCCCAGAUCCGGGGCCUGAAGCUGAAGACGCUCGUCCAACACUCCGUCGUUAACCAGACCCGUCUCGGUAAGGUCCGGCGCAUGUACUGCCUGUCUAUUGCGGGCAACGGCAAUGGUCUGCUGGGCAUCGGCGAGGCCAAGUCCGAGGAAGCCACCGAUGCCUCGAUGCAGUCGAUACACCGUGCCAUUCGCAACAUGCAGCCCAUCACUCGCUAUGAGAACCGCACCAUCUACGGCGAUGUCAAGGGCAAGGUUGGAGCCGUGGAGCUUACACUGAUGACUCGCCCGCCUGGCUUCGGUCUUCGCUGUCAACACCUUAUCUUCGAAAUGUGCCGCGCCGCCGGUAUCCACGAUCUCGCCGCCCGCGUUACCCGCUCACGAAACCCGAUGAACACGGUCAAGGCCGCAUACCAGGCGCUGAUGGCCCAGCGCAACCCGGAGGAUGUUGCGCGUGCACGCGGCAAGAAGCUGGUGGAUGUGCGCAAGGUGUACUACGCCGGGAGGACCUAAUUUUCUUCAAAAUCCCAUCUAGAUUGUCUUGUCUUUCUCGACACAUGGCCGUCUAGUACUGUAUCAGUACUUACUCAUAUCUGGAUCAUGCGUGAGCGUGUAUAUAUUCGUUAUCUGUAUUCUAGCA